UACCGUUCUAAAUACCGACCUACACAAAAAUACCUGAUUAUUUUAAUACGUGUUUAAUAUUUGUUAUAGUUACUUAUUUGUAGAGUCGGUUGACAAUCAUUCUUCAAUUUUAUCCGACUAUCUACACAGUUUCAGCAUAAAAAUGGUUAAAGUAAUCGGAAACAAGGCCGAAUUUGAUGGCGUUCUGAAAGGAUCUGGGGACACAUUGAUAGUUGUCGAUUUCUUUGCAACAUGGUGUGGACCCUGUGUAAACAUUGCACCUGUAUAUCAAAAAUUGUCAGGCGAAUACAGUGAUUGUAUCUUCCUCAAAGUGGAUGUAGAUGAAGCCGAGGACGUUGCCGCAGAGUGUGGAAUAUCUGCAAUGCCUACAUUUCAUUGUUACAGAGGUGGCAAAAAGGUUGAUGAACUAGUAGGAGCAAGUGAAGAUAAGUUGAGAGAGAUGAUUGAAAAGAACAAGUGAUUCCAUAUACUAAAACUAGAACAUUGUAUCGAUUAUCAAGCAAUAUAUUUUUGGUGUUGUUUGUUUGUCCUUAUAAUUCUGUAAAUUUGACUACAUCUCGUUUGCAAAAAAAAAAUGUAUCUUAUAAUAAUGCG